AACAAAGGAAGAAAUACUCCAACUCCAACAUCAUCAUGCACGAGACUUCCCAGUACCACGUGCAGCACUUGGCCACCUUCAUCAUGGACAAGAGCGAGUCCAUCGUGACGGUGGACGACGCCAUCCGAAAACUCAUCCUGCUCAACUCCAAAGAGAAGAUCUGGACGCAGGAGAUGCUGCUGCAAGUGAACGACAAGUCCAUCCGCCUGCUGGACUGCGAGUCACAGGAGGAGCUGGAGGACUUUCCCCUGCCCACGGUCCAGCACUGCCAGACGGUGCUGAACCAGCUGCGCUACUCCUCCAUCCUGCUGCUGGUGUGCCAGGACUCGGAGCAGCACAAGCCUGACAUCCACUUCUUCAACUGCGACGAGGUGGAGGCGGAGAUGGUUCAUGAGGACAUAGAAAGUGCCCUGGCAGAUCACAAGCACGGGAAGAAGAUACGGCCACAAACACUCAAAGCAAACCAGGAGAAGAUCAAGCAGAGACAGUCCAUCCUCCCAGCGCCGCAGGGGCCGGCCCCCAUCCCCAUCCAGCAGGACACCCGUGGCUCGGGGGCCACCAGGAACAGGGUGGCACCCCCCUCCCAGCACAACCCAGACUACGAGCGCCGGAGCUCCAGCUCCCAGGACCACGAGGAGUCCCGAGCCCUCCUGGCACAGAAGAUCGAGAAGGAGACGCAAAUCCUGAACUGCACGCUGGAUGACAUUGAAGUGUUUGUGGCCACGCUUCAGAAGGCUGCAGAGGCUUUCAGACAGCUCAACCAAAGGAAGAAGGGGAAGAAGAACAAGAAGAAAGGGCCAGCAGAGGGCAUGCUGACUCUCCGAGCAAGACCCCCAAGUGAGGCCGAGUUUAUUGACUGCUUCCAGAAAACCAAACUGGCUUUUAACCUCCUGGCCAAACUGAGAAAGCACAUCCAGAACCCCAGCGCCUCCGAGCUGGUGCAUUUCCUCUUUGGGCCACUGGAGCUGAUUGUCAAUAGCUGUGGGGGCCCCGAGCUGGCCAGGUCUGUGGUCAGCCCCCUGCUCUCCAAAGACGCCACGGAUUUCCUCCGAGGACACCUGACACCAAAGGAGAUCAACCUCUGGGAGUCCCUGGGAGAGACCUGGACCAGAUCCAGAGCUGAAUGGCCCCGAGAAGCAAACCUCCCCACCUACAUCCCCAAAUUCCGCAACGGCUGGGAGCCACCCCUGGAGAUCUUCCGUGGGGCUCCCUGGGAGAUAGACAUCGGGCACCUGCAGGAAGAGCUCUCCUCAGCCAACGGAUAUCCCUACAGGAACUCCUCGCUCAAGCGUGGCCAGGCUGCUGACCAGACACAAGCUGUGGAUGCCUUCAAACAGAACGUGACCCAGCACGUGAACAGGAACCUGGAGGCCCAGGGGAUGGCUCUGCCCAAGAGAUACGCCAAGAUCCGCUACGACUUCACCGCGCGCAACGCCAACGAGCUCUCCGUGCUCAAGGACGAGAUCCUGGAGGUGCUGGAAGAUAACAAGCAGUGGUGGAAGCUGCUGAACAGGAGCGGGCAGGCUGGUUAUGUGCCCUACAACAUCCUGGACGUGGUGAAGCUGGAGGAGCUCGAGCAGGUCUGCAGCCAGGGG